GCUCCUCCACAGCCAUGGACAGGAUUUUCUCUGCCUUGCUCUCUUUGCUGCUUCUCCUCCAGAGCUAUGGCGUUUGCGGGGCACCUCCACAGCAGAGAGGCACCCUGUGUAGAACGAAACCCACUGACCUGGUGUUCGUCAUUGACAGCUCUCGAAGUGUGCGCCCACACGAGUUUGAGAAAGUCAAAGUCUUCAUGUCCCGGGUGAUUGAGGGGCUGGAUGUGGGCCCCAACUCCACCCGGGUGGGUGUGAUCAAUUAUGCCAGUGCUGUCAAGAAUGAGUUCUCCCUCAAGACCUACCAAACCAAAGCUGGGCUCCUGCAAGCAGUCCAAAGGAUAGAGCCGCUCUCCACUGGGACUAUGACUGGCCUGGCUAUCCAGUUUGCCAUUAGCCAGGCUUUUAGUGACUCAGAAGGGGCCAGGGUGAGGUCUCCUAAUUUUAAUAAGGUGGCGAUCGUUGUGACUGAUGGACGUCCCCAGGAUGGAGUGCAGGAUGUGUCAGCAAGGGCCAGAGCAGCUGGCAUCGAGGUCUUUGCCAUUGGGGUUGGCCGUGUGGACAUGCACACACUGCGGCAGAUCGCUAGCGAGCCCUUGGAUGAUCAUGUGGCCUAUGUAGAGAGCUACAGUGUCAUAGAGAAGCUCACCCACAAGUUUCAAGAAGCUUUCUGUGUGGUGUCAGACCUGUGUGCCACUGGAGACCAUGACUGUGAGCAGGUCUGUACCAGCACCCCAGGAGCGUACAAGUGUGCUUGUAAAGAAGGUUUCACACUGAACAGUGAUGGAAAGACCUGCAGCGCUUGCAGUGGUGGGUUAGGAUCUGCUCUGGAUCUUGUGUUCCUGAUUGAUGGCUCCAAGAGUGUGCGGCCUGAGAACUUUGAGCUGGUGAAGAAAUUCAUCAACCAAAUUGUGGACUCACUGGAGGUGUCAGACAAACAGGCCCAAGUUGGCCUGGUUCAGUACUCCAGUUCUGUCAGACAGGAGUUUCCACUGGGGCAGUUCAAGAACAAGAAGGACAUCAAAGCAGCAGUCAAGAAAAUGGCCUACAUGGAGAAAGGAACAAUGACGGGACAGGCUCUGAAGUACCUCAUUGACAGUUCCUUUUCUAUCAUCAAUGGAGCUAGGCCUGGGGUCCCCAAGGUGGGCAUAGUCUUUACUGAUGGACGGUCACAAGAUUACAUCACUGAUGCUGCUAAUCAAGCCAAAGACUUAGGCUUUAGGAUGUUUGCUGUGGGAGUUGGCAAUGCAGUUGAGGAUGAGCUGAGGGAAAUUGCUUCAGAACCAGUAGCUGAGCACUACUUCUACACAGCUGACUUCAGAACCAUCAGCAAGAUUGGGAAGAAGCUACAAAUGAAAAUCUGCAUUGGUGAGAGUGGGGGAGUGGGGAGAGGGCGGGAUUUGGUCACAGCAUUGGAAGGCUGGAGGCAGAAGGACAAAAAUGUUCCUUCAGUUGGAUGUUAUAAAAAGCUCUCUUCUCAGCGUAUCGAGUUGGCACAGUAUCAUGGAAGGAUCAUGAGACAUCAACAUUUUGGUUACCUAAACACAGCCACCCCGACACCUCAGCCACCUCCCUUUCUCACAAGCUGCCUUCUCCUUCCCUUUUUCUCCACCUUUCUCUCUUUCUUUGCCUUCCUCUUCAGAAACUAUGAAUUCAGGCUCUUCCAGGUCCUGGGAAUAGCCAAAAGUGACAUAAAGGAAGAAGAGAUGCUCUUAAAAGAGAAGCUAAUGGUUGAUUUAUUUGUCUUAAUUUGAAGAUCAUCACAAAAUUGGAUAUCUGAAGUGAAGCUUGCUAACCACUGGCUGGUUCUACAGCCAAACAGGUACCACAGGGGUGACAUGUUUCAAGUUAAAAGAAGCAUCUAGUGUCUUCUACAUGGCUUGUAGUGUCUAAAUUGGGGCAAGAUGAAUGCUAAGUUGCUCAUGUUUGGGUAGCCUAGUGAAGCAAAGACUGAGAGAGGACUGAGUGGGAGACAGGCACGAUAAGAGUAGGUAAAGAAUAACAUAAAAUUUAAAGACUAUUGACCUUCAAAUAACCUAGGUUUUAAAACUAUUGAAAAAAGAACUACCACAAUUAUUUUAGAUUUUUGUUUUGAAGGAAUCAUAUGCCUUCUAUGAAGUAUUGGCCUUUUGCAAUGCUUCUGCUUGUUCAGGCAGAUCAUAGUGAAUCCCAAACACUUGGGCUUCAUUCAUAGACACUGAAUACCUUGUAGGGCUUCCAAGAGUAACACUGCUGGGCUCAGCAGGAACCUAAUACUCUCUUGUCAAGACCAGCUGGCCAGGCUCCUUUAUCCUGCUAGGCAAAUGCUUCCUUCCAGUUCCCAGCAGAUACAUUGCACACACCUAUGAUGGGGCUCAUUUAGUUCCCGAGAGCUCUAAGAAGCUCAGCUCUACUUCUCAUAAGUGUGUAGACCUGCCUUUGAGUGCCCAUGGCCCCACUCAGUGCAGGUAUCUCCACUCCUCUUAUGGUAUGUGGAGACACUCUACAGCAUCAACUGGAUGAAAUAAUGCACAUUGCCAAAUUUUAUUCUCCUUUUCCCCUUUUCUUUGCAAUCUCUAACAUUGUUAUUUGUGCCAAAGCUAAGAGAUAUCCAUGUAAAUAUUAGUGGGUUAGCAGCAAGUGGCUCAUCUGUUUCUAUCCCUGAGUGUCUAUUAGAGAGAAAAAAAAGUAGUGGUCAGGAGCCUUGCCUCAGGAAAUCUAGAUUUGAUUCCUUCCAUCCUUACAGAUGUCCUGGGUCAUGCUGGGCAAGUGUCCUGAUCUCCAGAUUCAUAAAGAUGGGACCUUCCUCCCUGCUGGGGAAGGUUGAGAGCGACAACAACCUUCAGGGUCCUGUGUCUGCAGAACCCGGUAGCCAGGCUUGCAAGAUAGAGAUUCUCUGCCAUGGCUCCUUUAAAAAGUAGGAGUUGAUCCAAGCUAUAUGAAACCCCCCAAUAUAUUGUAUUUAAAUAUCUUUCCAGAAAGGAAAUCCAUUUAGGCUUCAGCAUUCAAAAAAGAAAAAGUAAAAAUAUAUUUUGGAAAAAAAUAUUUGUUUGCAAAAUCAUCAAUUUUGGUAAAUACCUCAAUGUCUGAGGUUUUGUGGGGUUUUUUGUUUGUUUGUUUGUUUUUGUAAGGAAAGGAAAUAUUUGUAUUUGUUUGAUUCACAGUGCCAGCUUGUAUUUAUCAACAAAUGGCUAGAACUCUUAAUAUUCAGCUUUAGUUUAUUCAUGACAGGUUUAAUCCUAUUGUGUUUUUGUGCAAGUGAUGUCCUUUCCCUUAAAAAGGCCUUUGCCUAUGUACUCCUUCCAUUUGUUAGGCAGCUGAGCUGACUCAGUGUGGACUGGGAAACAUUUCCUUUCUUUUCCCAGUCAUCUCAGUAUCCUUUUUUGCUCCUAUUCCAGUUUCAAUUAUUUUUUCUUGAAGAAUAUGUAAAUUAUUGACAUAGAUUGGCAAAUUGAUUAGCAAAACCAGCACAUUUCUCUGCUUGCUGAAGAAAUGAAGUACUGAAGCAAAGCUCAAACAAGUCUUGACUCUCAGAUCGUGAACAGUGCCUCCAGUUUGUAUUUCACAAAGUGAGUACGGCCCCGUGGUGAUGUUAUUGGGAAGGCAGAGGCUGGUUUGAGCACUGUAUUUGGUCAGAUUCAGAUUUUUGAGGCAAACCCGAAGCAUCAGUAGUAGAGCUUCAGAGGGCUUUCAGGAAACUGGAAAUCCAGGGAAGACUUUUCGUGAACAGAGUUUGGCCUAUAUAAAAAGAAAAUGUGAGAUUCUCUCGUCAUCUGGGGUUAAAGCCGGAAGUGAAUAGUCAGAUAAUUAGAAGGAAUGAUGGUUUUAUUUCCUUCUUGUUUCUGAUAAAGAGAAUGAGAAUUGCUUUAUUUCACCUGUCUCAGUGAUUUUGAUUUAAUCCUUUUUUUGUGCCAUUUAACUCAUCUUCUUGAUAUUCUGAUCCACAGAGGAAGAUCCAUGUGAAUGUAAAUCUAUUAUGAAGUUCCAGACAAAAGUAGAAGACCUUAUAAAUUCAUUGAAGCGGAAAUAUAUCCUUCAGAAACUGUCUUUGUUCAGAACUCAGUGGGUUGGGUUGUGCUUUUGGAAAGAACCAGUGUGGAAAGUCUGCUUAUGAGGGAAGGAGGUUGGGUAGGCUGUCAGGAAGCUGGGAAACAAGGUACUUGGGUUAUGAAUAGAUAUAACAAGAAAAGUCCCUGCACCAGAGUGAGUAGCUACUGGUCUGACCCAGAGUAAGUGACCAAAACCAAUAGAGCCAAAAUAGAAUGUGUCAAACCAUUGCAAGACAGCUAUGAGCUAUAGGCACUAAGACAUAGGUCAGUUUUUAGAAAGAUGCUUAAAUGAUGCCCAUGUGAUGUGUGUGGAAGCUUGGGUCAUGCAUGGGAUGAUGAUGCUGCCUCUGCAAGCUGCAGGUCCUGUGGAGGAGGCCCGAAGGUGAGGGCUGAGAACAGCAGUGGCUAGCACUGGGCUGGGAGCAGGCAAAACCACUGGUGCCCACAUGCAGCCUCCCCAGUCAUUAAAGCUCCAUGGAGGGGAUUCUUUUUAUGACAGUAAACAUCUACAAUGCAAACAUCCAAGCUGGCUGCCUAAGUUGCUCCACAGCACUGGAAGGAAAGAAGGUCUUCUACAGCUAACCACCUCUUAUUGUAUAGUUGGUGGUCUGGAUAAAUUUAGAUGGAUAUGUCCAAUAUUAAGAUGAGUAGGUCCAAAUUACCCCAGCUGGCUAAAACUAAUUUUUGGGAGACUAACCCUCAGGUACCUACUCACUGCGAACAUCUCCAGUGAGAUGAGCUGGGUCCCAUCUGAACUGAGUUUGUGGGGCUGCAUUCUGCCACGCUGGGUCUUGCCAUAUUGCACAAAGACCAUGAAUAAGUGGAUGAAAGAGAAACAAGGAAAAAAAAAAACUUCUCAUGGGGAGAGGAAUUACUGAAACCCUGGGGUGGCUCACACAGGGCUAGGAAGAUUUUUCAUUACUGAGAAUAAGGAGAGAAUACAAUUUCAAAAGCAAUGUUCUAAUUGAUUCACACAUCUCUGUGCUUUGCUAUGUCAGUUGCAGGGUAUAUUUUCUACUCUUUAACUUCAGUUGAGUGAAAUCCACGACUUCUGUUAUGCAAAAGGUCAGAGUAAAUCAGUAGUUCUCACCCAGCGGGUUGCCACUCCCAGGCACAUCAUGAAAAGCAAUUAGUGAAAAGAGCAGAAAAAUUGUGACACACUACAGAACUCCAAGAAAAGCAAGAAAAGCACUCUGCUCCACUCCUCACGCCACCCAUCCUCCACAAGGUCAGGGAUUCUCUGCCAACCACUCAAAACAUGCUCCAAUCAUCCUCACAUUUUUUAAUCUUCCUUCCAUAGGAAACGUAUAGGUGCACAUGAGUAUGUGUGCAUGCAUGACUGUAUCCCACCUUCAGUAAAAGUUCAUCAACCUGAACCGUUCUGGAAAUGCCAGAGCAGGUGAUGACAGCAUCCCUCUGCCCCUGCUUCCAGCCAGGCAGCUCCACUCCUUCCCUGUUCUGCCAGCCUGGGGACCACUUGGGCAAGGAAUCACCAACGCUCACUGUCAUUUUUUCCCCUUAACUUUUGCUCACUGGAAGCUGUGGCAAAGAGGAUCGAAGCCCUGGAGAACAAGAUCAUCUAAGAGCCCAAAACAAUAUUAUUUCCUUGCUUCCUAAUGUAACAAAACUAGAACUCCUUCAUUUGUAACAGAGGGCAGCCCAGCCACAGUGCUAUGGCCAGCUUGUAUUUUUUUAAAGAGUCUAGUCUACCUGCAUUUGUUUAAAAGGGAAGAAGUAUAACAGUAGAGCAGACAUUGUAUAGUGGGCAGAGCACUGGGUGUGGCUGAGAGCUAGAUCACGCUAAUGUUUGUUGCAUCGUAUAGAGUGCAUAUAUUAAAAAAAACUGAAAAGAUUUGUUCUCGAUUUAAAGCUUAAUAUAUAUGUGUGUUAAGAAGUACUUGAUUAUGAGUUCUGUGAAUCCUUGCUGUGUUCUUCUGCAUCUUUUGUUUCUAUGCAUGAGAUAAUUUAAUUUAAAAGUCAAAGUGACUUAAAAUCAACUCAGAUGCUGAGUGUAAAACAUCAAAGCCGCUGAUCAGCUUAUUAUUUAAGCAUGAUGCAUUUGUCAGUAAGUAGGUGAAAUGCAAUAAUGAGCUCUGUGCGCUGCAGACAAGAUAGGAUAGGACGCUGCUGCUAGUUGGGUUUAUCCAUAGCUGCUGCACAAUGUAGAAAGAAAAGCUCAGCUUUCCUAGCCAGCUAGUGGUCCCACAACAUCUCAGUGAACUAGCACUUGAGCUAGACCUGUUGUGGGUAAGCCCUGAUAAUGUGCAAGGAGCCAGCAGUUGUGGCUCUGUGUAAGGCAAGGCAGUGCCGCUAACACCAACCCCAGCAGACGUACCCCUGCUCCUCAUCUCUCCAGUCUCCACAAUUUCAGCCAAAGCUACAAAUCAUCACUAGCACCUAAACCACAGGGAACUGCUGCGGGAGCUGCUGCCCAUGGAAGUGGUGCCUGCAUUACCACGUCGACCAGAGGCUUACUAGCUCCUUCCUCAUCCCACACCUCUAAGCACCUUCAGAGCCAGUUAAGUUCCUCUCAAGACCUUUCAGACUCUUCUUCUGUUCCUGGGUUCCCAGCACUGGCAAGGCAAAAAAGCAAUGUGGACUGGAAGCAUCAAACGCUGCCUAUCUCCUACAGCUGUAGUCUGGCUAGGCGUUGGGGGAAGCAGCCGUGUUUGUUCAUAGCACCACAGCGCACCAGUGAAUGUGAGCACAAGGGGUUGGGUUUAGAGAGUUUUUUUAUUUUUAUUUUUUAUAUCAAAAUAUUUAUACCUGAGACUCAGUGAAAAGCUUUUCAGAAUAACUCAGCCUGUUCAGAAAUGUCACCAUAGUACAUGUGUUUGGGAUGAACAUUAAAAGUUUGCUGAAAAUUCUAAAACUGAAUUUAACUUACUUUUCUGUGUAAGCUUCGUGGUAGUUGCCUGACAACAAUACCUCUCUAUAGUCUUGCUGGCGAGUAGGAAAGCCUUCAUCUCAUGUCACAGCCUUUUAUUUCAAUGCAGGAGAAUGAACAGGUCCAUAGAGAAACUGAGACCCCCUUCCUCAAAACAGAAAGCUUCUUUUAAAAAACAAAUAA